AGCCAAAUGUGGAGGAAAGGAUGAUGAAGGGCAGCAGUGGGUCGAUCUGUCCUGUGUGGCUCAUCCGCCCAGCUUCCAGCUGACACAAACAAUAUUUGAUAUCUAAUCUCCAUGCCCUGUUAUAUAACCCUUUACCAUCCAGAUUUGUCAGUAUGAAGAGGUUCUUUGUGUGGGAGAACAAUCUUCAUCGUUUAAAGGAAAUUCUGCAUAGUACACCUUUAAAGUUCAAUCACCAGCUCUACCAGAGCUUUUUGUCGCACGAUGUUGGGUCUAAAGUUGAAUUGUUUUGUUUAAUGCUGUCUCUAGACUGAACUUCCUAAGAAAAGUACACCAAUUAGAAGAAAAUCUCAAACAUUCAGUGCAGAAUGAAGUCCCAGAAUUGCUUAAGAGGACUAAAUUUAAGUCUUAUUUUUAAUAAGGAACUGACAAAUGAAGGUAGAUACCACAGGACAAAUGGCAUCAAAACUGUUUGAAAUCCUCUUUUUAAAUUAAGUCUUGAUCAACCUUUCUAAUUUAAGUUAAGUAAUAACGUCUUUGGGUAUAUUCAAACCACACUUUAGCAGUCAAAAAAAAAAAAAAAAAUCAAAUAAUCUUCUGAUUGUGAAUGACAUGACUGUGUUAAAAUGUUUCUAAAUCCAGUAGUAUCUGCUGAGCCACCCAUCUUAAACCAGUGAGAAGAACAGAGAGGAGAACAUGAAUACAGAAAUCUCUAAAUGUUCAGUCUGGAGUUUGGAAGCUGGUUUUCUUGAAAAUAUUUAAUGUUGAAACUUCCAUUUAAUUCCUGAGACCUUGUAAAAUGUUCUGUCUGUACUCCAAAUGCUUUUUAAAUUGUGCAUUUACAUAGAUUUGAGGGACUCUGUAGGUGAGCUGGCAUGGAAUGUCCCUGUAGUUACACAUGGCACAUAUGAGACAGAAUUAAUGAUUAACAUAUUUUUGAGCAGAUUUGCUCAAGUCACUUUGGUGUGAAAGGUGGUUGGGAAGAGUUGGUACAAAUCAAGGACUCAUCAAGUGCAAAUUCUUCAUGUCUGUGUUAAUACCAGUUGUUUCCACUGAGUGGUGGAGAGAACAGAGCUCAGAGGAAUGAACAUUUUCGCAGAUUUCAAGUAACUGCCUUUUAAAAGUAAGGAGACACCUGUGGGUUUGCUUAAAAUCAAUUCUGACAGAAACACAAGAGAGAACACACUGAUUAAAGCUCAAUAUAAAAGUUAGUUUGGAUUAAAUUAAAGAUCAUGUGUCCCAGUGCUGAAAUAAAUGAAAUAUACGAUGUAUAGUUCAUUGGCUGCAUCGUUAGGUGUUACCCUUGGGUGCUCCCAGGUUUUUGGACUCCUACAGGUCACAUCAGAGAUGGGUGGGCCCGUCCAGCCCCCACGUGCUCCUUGUUUCCACGGCCCCUCGCGCAGCCUCACUGCCUCGAGCGAGCCCGACAGGCCGGUGUGUGAUCGCGCGGCGGAACUCGGUGACACCGACACGGAGCACGCAGCCGGAGCCGAGCGGAGCCGCGUCGUCGUCGUCGGGGAGCUUUUAAAUCGUCCGAAAAAGCGAGAAGGGAAGAGGGAGGUGAGAGAUGCGGGCGCCGCGCUCAGGGGAACCCCGCAGUUUGUGUCCGCGUUCACUGUCAACAACAGUCCCGCCGCGCGCCUCUCAGCUCAUUUAACGGCGCUGCUCCGAGGAAACCACAAGGACUAUGUGAGCAUCAUGCUCGCUGUGAGAUGCCUGCUGUUCGCUGCAGUGUGUGCACGGUGCGCCGUGACAGGUCUGAGGGAAUGGGUGAGUCUGGAGGGAAGACUGCCGCCUGCAGAGGAGGUCGUCCAGCCCAAGCGGCUUGUGCAGCAGAUCCACACCGAGGAGGAGCUGCUCCACAGCCGCCUGAACACCCGGGUCAGCAACUCCACAGCCGGAGCGCAGCCCAUCCAUCUGGCCCAGAGCAGCUUCUUGGUGGAGGCCUUCGGCACCUCCUUCAUCCUUGACCUGGAGCUCAACCAUAACCUCCUGUCGACGGACUACGUGGAGCGUCACUAUGAUGAGGACGGGCAGCUGUCACAGAACAUGGGAGGAGAGCACUGCUACUACCAUGGGCGCGUGCGAGGGCUGCCAGGCUCCUGGGCGGCUCUGUCCACCUGCCACGGCUUGCGGGGGAUGUUUUCUGACGGGAACUUCUCAUAUGGCAUCGAACCUGUAGGCAGUGGCGAGGAGCAGAAUGAGCACAUUGUGUAUCGUAUGCCGGACGUCGACCUCUUUCCCCCUCCCUGUCCAGGGUGCUCUGCGAACAGCACAGAGCCUGAGGGGAAGUCAGACAGCGAAGGAGACAGUGAGCUGAGGGAUGGAGACGACCGGUCUGAGGAGGAGAAGCCCGUCUUCACAGGAGGCCUGAGACGCUCAAAAAGACAAGUGCGACGAGGCCAGCGCACCGUCCAAACUGAGACCAAGUACAUCGAGCUGAUGGUCGUCAACGACCACGAGCUGUUCGUGCAGCUCCGUCGGUCAGCCACUCAGACGAAGAACUUUGCCAAAGCGGUGGUGAACAUGGCCGAUGCGAUCUACAAGGAGCAGCUCAACACUCGCAUCGUCCUGGUGGCCAUGGAAACCUGGUCGUCUGAAAACAGGGUCUCCGUGGGCGACGAUGCCCUGCUCACCUUGCGCGACUUCAUGAAGUACAGGAAGGAGAGCAUCAAGGAGCGCUGUGACGCUGUUCACCUGUUCUCUGGGAGGACGUUCAUGAGCAGCCGCAGCGAGGCGGCCUACAUCGGGGGCAUCUGCUCCCUCACCAGAGGUGGAGGCAUCAAUGAGUUUGGCAGCGUGGGUCCCAUGGCCAUCACUUUGUGUCAGAGUCUUGGCCAGAACAUCGGCAUGCUGAGAAACAAAGAGCGACCGGCUGCCGGAGACUGCAGGUGUCCAGACCCAUGGCUGGGCUGCAUCAUGGAGGACACAGGUUACUACUUGCCCAGGAAGUUCUCCCGCUGCAGCAUAGACGAGUACCUGCGCUUCCUCCAACAGGGAGGAGGCAGCUGUCUCUUCAACAAGCCCAGCAAGUUGUUGGACCCACCUGAGUGUGGGAAUGGAUAUGUGGAGCUGGGCGAGGAGUGUGACUGUGGAUCACUAGUGGAGUGUGCCAGGAGUGGAGCCAACUGCUGUAAGAAGUGCACCCUCACCCACAACGCCAUGUGCAGCAACGGGCUCUGCUGCAGGGACUGCAAGUACGAGCUGAGAGGAGCGACGUGCAGGGACUCCGUUAACGACUGCGACAUUCCUGAGACCUGCACAGGAGACUCCAGUCAGUGUCCUCAUAAUGUCCACAAACUGGAUGGCUACAUGUGUGAUGCUGGACAGGGUCGUUGUUACGGAGGUCGCUGUAAGACGAGAGAUGGCCAGUGCAGAACCCUGUGGGGCUACAACUCGGCUGACAGGUUCUGCUAUGAAAAGCUGAACUCUGAAGGCAACGAGAAAGGAAACUGUGGCCCGGACUCCAGCGGUCAGGGAUGGGUGCAGUGCAACAAGCAAGACGUUCUGUGCGGGUUGCUGCUGUGCACCAAUCUGACGGAGAAGCCGAGGUUUGGUGAGCUUCAGGGGAAGCUCACCAGUCUGACCAUCCACCAUCAGAACAGAUACAUGGACUGCAGGGGCGGCCAUGCAGUGCUGGAUGAUGGUUUGGAUCUGGGCUACGUGGAGGACGGGACCCCAUGUGGGCCCAACAUGAUGUGUUUGGAGCGUCGCUGCCACCCCGUCAACACCUUCAACCUCAGCAUCUGCCCGGGCUCCUCGCCCUCGCGCAUCUGCUCCCACCACGGGACUUGCAGUAACGAGGUGAAGUGUAUCUGCGAUCCAGACUACACUGGCAAGGACUGUAGCGUGUUCGACCCGAUCCCCAUCCCCACCCCGCCAGAGGGCCCAGAGAAAUACAAAGAAACAUCCGAAGAGGAAGAUCUUCUGGAGUUUGAGUCGUAUCUCUGCGCUGUCCUCCUGUCUACCUUACACUGUGUCCAGUCCGCUCUGAGGAGACAAAACAAAGAUGUCUUCCACUUCCGAGCCCUCAGACCCUAUUUUUCCGUUUCCCUCUCUGAUUUCACUGGUGGUCCUCCUCCUCCUCCUUCUCCUCCUCCUGCAACGUCAAAUUACUGUGGAAACCCUGAGGACGCGUUUCCAACAGAUCCAAAAGGCUGUCAGGGAUCAAACUUCUUUUUCUUUUUCCCUUCCAGCUGUUCUUCUGCCAUACUGACUGUUAUUAUGCUUUGCCCCUUAAAUGGUUUCAUGGAAGAAGGCCAUGUUCAUCUCCCAGACUAGACGUUUUGUUUUUUUUUCGUGGGGGGAAAUCUUCUGUUAACAUAUUUAACCUCAAGGAAAAAAACACACCCACCUUUGUUUAGUGGUGUAACUGCAAUAGAAGUGUAGAAAAUAGUGAAUGUUGAUAUUUUAUCUGUCUAGAUGAGGGUUAUUUUUCUGUGCUAGGCUGGCCUGUACAUUCCACAGUAAUAGCCAUACUAAUGCUGCCUUCCAUUAUCAAGCAGUAGUCUGUCGUAAAUCAGCGCUUCUACAUAAUAUGCAUCAAUGUACGAAUGUAUAGUUCGGGGGCGGAUAGACAGUUGCACAUGCACACACCAAAUGUUUUAUCCCGCUGUAUGAUACGUAAUCCAUAUACAACUAAUACGCAUACGCAGGUGCCAGUAUGCUGAACAUGGGUGCUGAUGUACAUAGUGUAUCAUAGGGUCGACUCAUGUAGACAGCAGUGACUCACUGCCGCUCUGAACUGAAGCACAAGUCUAAAGAGAGACGACUUUUCCCGCCUCUCUCGGCCUCAGAACUGCUCGUUUUAAUAGGUUUUAAUUAGCAGAGAGAGGAUUCGAGUCUUUGCAGUUUCAGGGACAUUUGAGCUACUCCUGUUGGGCACACACGCCUCUUUGAGAUUUUCACGCUGCAAAAUUUAUGACCAGGGUCAGAUAUUUCCAAGAUCAGACGUGACACAGGGGACCGCCCUCAGUUCUAGAUAUGCGAGCAUUAAGGCUGUCACGAUAUCAGAUUUUCACUAUUGCUAGAAUUCAUAGUAACGCUAUUAUAGAGUGUCUCGCUUUCGUCCAUCAUCUCCUUCAAGCAUGAUUUUGUGCACACUUUGGUAGAAGCUAGCUGUUUGCUGUGUCUCCGUUUUUUUUAGAGGGUGGCAGCGAACAUGAAGGUGUGUUUACGCCACGAAGCCAAAAUGGAAAGAAAUAGGAGCUCGCUAAUUAUUGUAUGCAGAUUAUGAAAGGAACAGUCUGGUAUUUUUAAACCUGGGCCCUAUAUUUACAUGUUCUGCUGUGUAAAUGAUUCACACUCAACACACAUUUCUGAUUCAAUCCAGUAGACUUUGUCAGCUGACAGCUGCCGCAAGUCUGUCACGAUUGCAGUGUAAUCCUUUGGGGCAACUGCUAUGGUCAAAGUUAGGUGCAUUUAAACUGUUUGCUUUUGCCACUGACAGGCUGAGGUUGCUAUUCUAAGUGUCUUGAACGUCACGGAAACAACUGAGAGAUCUGUUUGCAGUCAUAGCGGUCGUGUUGCGGCUGCCUGAAGCGGUGUACUGGACUACUUCCCAGACUUUUGACAAAAGUAUGAAUCAUUUACACAUCAAAACAUGUUAAUGUAGGAUCCAGGUAAAAAAAUACCCAAAUUCCCCUUUAACACAAUGUCAAAAAUAAUGUUUAUUGUCGAUACCAGUGCAUCUUGACACCCCUGAUAUGCAUCAAAUAUGAUUUGGCUUCUGUUCAAGCUGAGGUAAUGGUAGAAAUGGCAAAUACAAAUUAGAUGUCACUUACGCUUCAUCGCUAAAUGGCUUCAGAUAAUUAAAUUCUGACUGAGCAGAAUAAGCAAUAAAUAUGUACUUUUAAAAACACUCAACUAAUUAGCCGAGUGUGUACGAGGUGAAGGAUCGAACAUGUUUUCCCUCAAGAGUCCAAUUCUGCAGCUUUUAUGUGCGUCGGUCUCUAUAUUUAUCCUCUCUGGACGUCAGAGAAUCUCAAAUCAGGUUUUAAAGAUGUCCUCCUGGUAGUCGAUAUUAUAUACGGACUGCUCGAGGAGCUUCGUUUGACAGACACUGACGAGGAAAACUGUGCAUUUGCGCGAGUGCCAGAAGAGAUGAUCCGCGUUUCCACUGCCAGUCGACCUGCAGCAGCAUUAAAGGAAUACGGUGACACUUUGAGUGCAAGCUGACCAACGAAAACAUUCCUACAUGACCAAAACGAGUCUCGUCAGUCAAGACAAGAUACUAACUUUAUUCAGGUGACGUUCAACUUUUUUUCCCCAGACUAAACUUAAAACGUCACUGUAUCCUUUUAAUCCUGCUUAAAACUCUUUACUCUGUGUACACGCUGUGUAAACCACUCAAGGACAGACUGGGCUGAAAGGUCACACUGUGUUUACCGCCACUGUUUGCGAUCACACGUCGUAGUUGGACUCAUCAAAGGAGUUUGGCACCAUUCGUACACAAGUUAAACAUCGUUCAGUCUGACAAGAAGGUAACCAGUAGCAGCUUUCUGUGUAAAUACUCAUAUUACUGUAUAUUAAAAUACAUAUUAAAACAUAUCUGAAUACCAGUGACCGUGU